AUGCCCGCGACGGACAGAAAGUGUCCGGAUUAUUUCAUCGUCUGUCGUGGUUAUCGCCUCACGUCAGCAGAACAACAGACCUCCACAAAUGUAACGCCCUCCGACAGACCGCUUCCACAUGGCGCUGACACACUACCAGCUCCUCGAGGCUCCACCAGCUCCUUGGGGGGACCGUCCGUCAGCUUCUCAAGGGGACCGUCCGCCAGCUCGUUAACUAACCUCAACACCACAGCACUGUGGCUGCCGAGCUUCGCUCAGGCCACCACGCUCCUCAUUGAGGAGGAAGACGCCGGACGGAUCGACCUGGUGGAUGCAAGAGCUGCAGAAACUGGAAAAGCGUCGGCUUGA